UUUAUUACACCCAAAUCUGUGUGAUUCUGCCUAAUUACACGGUCAUUCAUUUGCCGGAGACCAUUCUCACCUUCAUUUUUCUAUACAUCGCGAACCCCUCCCCACACAAUAAACACGUCUUUUUGUGAGCUCACAGUUGAAUUAUCGUAGUAGUUAUCUCUUUGAUGUUUAUCCAGGUUAGACUAUGCCUAUGGAGUUCAUUUGCCAUACCUCUCGCGUGGCCAACACCCAUCUUUAGGACUCUACUCCCACUUCCCCUACUAUUCUUCUCACCAGUUGCCAUUUGACCGUUACAUAGAAACCACGAGCACAGCGGGAACACUUCUUUUCAUCAGUACCACUCAACUGCUGAGUCUUAUUUCGAAAGCCCAAAGAGACUGCAGCACUGAAAGGUCUCGAUGCCCGAGGCAGCCAGCAGCGCUAUCAUGGCUGAGGCCCCACAACUGAGCGAUGAGCCAGACUUGAGUACAUUUGAGAACAAGUCUGGUCUGGCUGAAGACAUGAAGUUCCUAGCGAGCAUGCCGGAACUCUGUGACGUCACCUUCCUUGUUGGAGACACCAGGGAGCCGGUAUGCGCCGUUAAAGCUGUGCUUGCAGCCCGCAGCAGAGUUUUUCACAAGAUGCUGUACCAGGCUCCAAGUCCUCAGCGCAAGAAGGAUCCGCCCCCUAAAGAAAACAAGUUGCGACUCUUCCUCAAGAGGAGCAGCGAGCCACUUCUCAACUUGCAGAAUGCCGCCCAGCAGCGUGGCUUCUCGCAGCAGCUGGCUCCAAUUCAAGAGCCGCAGUCGAACCAGCACCACACGCUCAUCAUUGAGGAGUUCGAACCAGAUGUGUUUCGUCAGCUGAUAGAGUACAUCCACACUGGCUGCGUGACACUACAGCCCCGAACGCUGCUUGGAGUAAUGAAUGCAGCAGACUAUUAUGGCCUCGAUGAGCUGCGCAGAGCCUGUGCUGGGUUUGUGCAGUGCUGCAUUAAUGUCGACACAGUCUGUGCCCUUCUUGCCUCUGCUGAACGCUACAUUCAGUACAAAUGCACCAAGUCACUGGUUCAGAAGGUCUUGGAAUUUGUUGAUGAGCAUGGUAAUGAGGUUCUGAACCUGGGAUCCUUUACGUUGCUGCCGCAACAUGUGGUACGUCUCAUAUUGGCAAGAGAUGAACUCAGAGCUGAUGAGUUCACCAAGUUCCAGGCAGCUCUGAUGUGGGGCAAGAAGUAUUGUGACAGCAAUCCAAACACAGCUCUGAAGGAUGUGAUUGGCAACUUCUUGGAGUACAUCCAGUUUCACAAGAUUCCUGCAAAUGUGCUGAUGAGGGAGGUCCACCCACUUGGUCUAGUUCCAUACAGCAUUAUCAUGAAUGCCCUGGCCUACCAGGCAGACCCAACAAGUGUCGACCCCGCCAAGCUCUCCCCCAAUAGAGUGAGGCGUUCAGGACAAGGUCGCUCGAUGUCUGUCCAGAGCUCACUGGAUCCAUACGGAAGCAACACGACCCUUAGUUCGAGUGGAAGCAGUGAGAUGUUACAAAAAGAGAGCAAAGCGAGCAAAACGAGCAAAGAGAGUCUUGCUGUGGUCAACAGGGUAGAGGUCUGGCACUCCACGUCAAUGUCUUUGGUUCAGUUUGCACCUGGCUCAUCCGUGUACAUAGUUUAUAGACAUGCUGAAGAAUUUCUUCACAGCGUUUUAGCUACAAUGGUGUAAGGUCCACUAAAUUAACAUAAAAAUACAUACAUAAUAAUUUCAAUAACAAAGCCUCUUCCUUUCAAAAAAAUGAACCAAAGCAGCUCCAUGAAUAAGAUCAUUUUGUCUGAUUUUGACCCUGACAUAAGAGUUAGAUUUCUCUCCCAAAGUGUCAUUCUGUACUGACUGAGCCAAUGCACAUCCACUAGCAGGAAUGUUUCAUCAAAUUCUGAUCCCUGACAUGAGAGUUAUCUCCCCAUGUUCAGCCUGGCUGAUUUAUAUUGGUGACAUUUCCUUCUGCGUGAUAAUAAUGGCUACAGCAUGAUUACCUUCCCUCCCUCCCCCACUGUGUUUGAUGGCUGAGGAGAAGACCUUGUGUUCAACCAAUCAGUAUUACGUAGCUGUGUCUGUACAGAGUUGAUGUGAGCAGUUACGCCAGUAUGAGAAGUCCCAUUGAUUUGUUUCAGCAAUGUAUACUUGUUUCCAUUGUAUCCUUGCACUUACGUUUGUCAGUAUAUCUGGAAGCUUUCUUGAUAUCUCACUCUGAGAAAUUGGUAAUAAUGUGAUUGAUUUGUACUACAAGUGGGAUUUGUGGUGGACAAAGUGGUGCUGCGGCAGGUUUUCUCCGAGUACUUCGGUUUCCCCU